AUGAUUUUCACCCUUAGUGGAAAUUUUAAUGCCGCCAAUGCAUGCAUUUUGAGGCUGUUGAAUAAACUUAUAGUCAGCCUUAUUAUGUUCAACUUAAACUUGACAGCAUACAACGACAUCGUGCUUUUUGUUUUAUUUUAUUUGGACAGAACUGAAUGUUUAGAUUUAUUUUCGUUGCAUGAAAGUUUUGAGUUGCAGAUGAAGAAGUGA